AUGAGGGUGACAUCCAAUUUAUACAGAACAUUUUGGCAACUUAUCCUGACAUACAACAUUCCUGUCUCCUGUUCUGAUGGUAACUUGGGACCACAAGGGAUUCUGGUUCCUGGAGAUAUUUUAAUAGGCGCAGUGAUUCCCAUUCACAUUGACACUUUGGACAAAAGCGUGACUUUCCAGGAGAAACCAACAUCAGACAUUUGUACCAAGUUUCUACUUCAGUUCUACCAGCAAUUUCAGGCCUUGAGGUAUGCAGUGGAAGAGAUCAACAAGAGUUCCGACAUUCUCCCAAACACUACCCUAGGUUUCUAUGCUUAUGACUCUUGUGCUGCAAUGCGGAAUGAGUUGCAAGGGACUCUCUGGAUGCUCACUGGCCUGAGUCAGGAGAUUCCAAAUUACCGCUGUCAGGAAAGUCCUCCACUGUCUGCUAUCAUUGGGCACUCAAAAUCGACAUAUUCUAUCCUUAUGGCACAUAUCUUAGGACUGUACAGAUUUCCACAGAUCAGCUGCUACUCAACCAGCUCUCUAUUGAGUGACAGGGCACAGUUCCCCUCCUUCUUUAGAACUGUCCCAAGUGAUGUCUUUCAGUCCAGAGGACUGGCCCAAAUGGUGUUACAUUUUAAAUGGACCUGGGUUGGGCUCAUAGCCUCUAAUGAUGACUAUGGGUUUGAGGGAUUAAAGAUAAUCAAAGAUGAGCUAAUAAAAGGUGGUGCUUGCGUUGCCUACACAGUAUAUGUUGCAACUAACCAGGACUACAAAAACAUACCAAGUAUUGUACAAAUGAUAAAAGAGUCAACUGCUAAUGUGAUAAUUGCAUUUUCUGUUGAUGUUUUCUUGAUUCCUCUUCUGGAUGAGCUGCUGAAACAGAAAGUCACUGGGAAACAUUUUGUCGCGAGCGAAGCUUGGUCUGUUUCAAAUUUUUUAACACUAGCAAAAUUCUCGAACAUACUGUCUGGAACUAUUGGCUUUGCGUUACAAAGCUCAAAAAUCCAAGGGUUUCAAGAAUAUCUCAACUCUGUUUAUCCCAACAACACCCCUGGGAUCGCUUGGUCCAAAAUGUUCUGGGAAGAAGCUUUUAAUUGCUCGCUUUCUCAACCAGAAAGCCAAACACAAAAGCUGAGCAACACUAAAAAAAAAUGCAUUGGAGAUGAGAAUCUAGAAUAUGUCCAGAACGGCUACAAUGAUGUGUCCACUCUAAGAUCUUCCUACAAUAUCUAUACUUCAGUAUAUGUGACAGCAAAAGCUCUGAAUGACCUUAGUCUCUGCCAGUCUUUGGAUGGUGCAUUGCUUGGAUCAAAAUGUUCUGGUUUAAAAAACUUUGCACCAUGGCAGCUCAGCAAUGGAAGAGAGGUUUUCUUUCAUAAUGAUGGAAACCCACCAGCUGUUUAUGAUCUAAUGAACUGGCAGCCAGGAUCAGAUGAUACCAUGAAGCAAGUGAAAGUGGGAAGCUACGACACACUGAAUUCUUCUGGAGAAAUCUUUAGCCUUAACACAAGUUCAGUAUGGUGGAGAACCUUCAAUUCUGAAAUUCCCAUCUCUGUUUGUAGUCAAAUCUGUCCAGUGGGGUUCAAAAAAGUAGUAAAGAAAGGAGAACCUGUGUGCUGCUUUCAGUGCAUUCCCUGUGCCCAAGGAGAGAUCUCCAAUAAGACUGACUCCAUCGACUGCUGGAGCUGUCCCUGGGACAUGUGGCCCAACAGCAACAGAGACAAAUGCAUUUUAAAAUCCAUUGAAUUUCUUUCCUAUGAGGAUCCAUUGGGAAUCAUCCUGGCAGCAACCAGUGUUCUUUCUUCUAUGGUCCCAAUUUUAAUUUUCUACCUUUUCAUUCUUUAUAAAUCCACCCCAAUAGUGAGAGCCAAUAACUAUUCUGUGAGUUGUGUUCUCUUGAUAUCUCUGUCUCUUUGCCUCAUCUCUGCUUUGUCUUUUAUUGGUUACCCCCAACCUGAGAAGUGCCUUCUGCGUCAGGCUGCAUUUGGACUUGUGUUUACCCUCUGUGUAUCCUGCAUUUUGGCCAAAACUAUUAUAGUUGUAUUUGCCUUUAUGGCCACUAAACCUGGGAGCAACCUCAAAAAAUGGACAACUCCACGUGUGCCCUAUAUGAUUAUUACCAUCUGUACUUUCAUUCAACUCAUUUUGUGCAUUUUUUGGCUGUCCAUCUUUCCUCCUUUCCCACAAUACAAUAUUGAAGCCAAACCUGGGAUCAUUGUUGUAGAGUGCAAUGAAAAUUCUCUAUUUGCCUUUUGGUGCAUGCUGGGAUAUCUUGGAUUUUUAGCCUCUGUCAGUUUUACUGUUGCUUUUAUGGCAAGGAGGCUCCCUGACAACUUCAAUGAGGCCAAAUUAAUAACAUUCAGCAUGUUGGCCUUCCUCAGUGUCUGGGUGUACUUUAUUCCGGCUUCUCUCAGUGCCCAGGGCAAGUAUACUGUUGCCAUGGAGAUCUUUGCAAUUCUAACUUCCAGCUGGGCCCUUGUAUUCUGCAUGUUUUUCCCCAAAUGUUUUAUUAUACUCUUCAGACCCAACAUGAACUCCAGAGAAAAUCUCAUGGGGAAAGACAGAAGAAGGAAAUGA